AUGAUCGCUGCUGACACCUCGUACGCGGACAACGCGAGCCUGCCAUCGGGGGACUCCCCCGAGCUCGCCCUGGUGCUGGCCACGCCACAGGAGCGAAUCGCUUCGAUCAAGCUGAAUAGUGCCGUCUGGCAGGGUUCCCUGGAUCUGGAUUCAUAUCUGGCACGUGAAGACCAUCUCGCGCAGCAGCCCUUGACCAGGGGAGGCAACUUGGCCUGCUGGGUGCUGGUGGACCGUCGCCAACCAGAAGACGAAAGGACCAUUCUCAGUUCGUGCGAGACCUAUCGGAAGAAAGCAUGGUGUGCCCAGGACGGCCACGUAUCCGAUGCCACUGCCUACGGCGUCGGGAGCGUCUUCUGCCGUCCUGAGUUCCGGGGUAAAGGGUACGCAAAGAGAAUGCUGCAGGAGCUGAGCCGGAAGAUGGACGCGUGGAAGAUGGAGAAGGCCGCUAGUCGAACCCUCUUCAGCGUACUGUUUUCGGAUAUCGGAAAGAAGUUCUAUGCUCAGUUCGGCUGGCACCCUUUCCCGUCUUCCCACUUCGCUCUGCCACCCAUGUCCAAGGACGAGUAUGAUCGAACGUUGCAUGUGCAGCGAUCAGGUGCUUCAGAAAGAGCGUGA